UGUAAAAGGGAGGGACUUAAUACAGUACGCUAUUUAGAGCGCGAUUGAACGGUGUUUAUGCAUUCAUUUUAGAGAUAGAUAAAUUAGAGUCUACUUCGGAGCGUCAAUCCAGAUUGACAGUGUUAUCGGUUUCCUCUUUCCCUUGGAUAACGUCGGAGACCAAUCCGCUAAACAGGCUCCAGAGCAGAGGCCUCUCUAACUCCAACCACCCCAUAAGUCACCCUGAUAUGGAUGGAACCAACCAGCCAGCGGAGGUUAAUCAACAGUCUCCUGCUGGGCAGCAGGCCAUGGGGGGAGAUGUUGAGGAGAGCAACAGCAGUGGGAAUAGCCAGAACCCUGGAGAGGGAAAAGUCAAUGGUUGUGCUCUAGCCCAAAUGCCACCGCUGAAGCCUCCCGCCACGUGGACCUCCAUGGCGAUGAAGGAGCUCAAGUCCAAGCUGCGACUGGAGAAGGACCGUGUGGUGACAGUGAAACAAGGAAACAUUUUGACAGUGCAUGUGCCCACCGUUCCUGAGGGAAAGCAAGUGUGCUGGGAGUUUGCCACAGAUAGCUAUGACAUAGCCUUUGGAAUCUCCUUUGACUGGAACCCUGUCACCAGCCAGGCCAUCACGGUCCACAUUAGUGAAUCCAGCGAUGAUGAAGAGGAGGAAAAGCAGCUAGAAGGACUUAUCAACCCAGGGGAUGUUGAGAAGGGUUCUAAAUCAUUGGCCAACUCAAACAUAGGGGAAAUCUUACCUGUGUAUCGUCUGGACAGUCACAUGGCAGUGCAAGGUGGCAGUCACGAGUAUCCAGGCGAAGGCACUUACCUUCUGAAGUUUAAUAACUCCUACUCACUAUGGCGAAAUAAGACUCUGUACUACAGAGUGUAUUACAGUCCCUGAGGAACUGUAACUGUCAGCUUUUGCAUAGGACUGUAUGACUUACUAGAAUUACUUAUUUUUGAUUCAAUAUUUUUGAUUCCAUAGAACAUGUUAUGGUUAAUUAUAAGUGCAUAGAUUUUUCAUCACAAUCAGCGGAUGUUGCUCACUCCUAGUCUACACUUAAAAUCUAAGAGGACCAGAGAAUUAUGAAGUGGGACAUUUUGCUCAUGUUUUACUGUGUUUAUAGAGAAAGAUUUGACGUAGCCUUGUGUUUGUGCCAUGUUCUGUUUAAAAGUUAUGUGCAGUGAGUUAAGGCAAAUUGACCAUAUUUGAAAGAUAUAUAUAUAGUAUAUGUACAGUACCAGUCAAAAGUUUGGACACACCUACUCAUUCAAGGGUUUUUCUUUAUUUUUUCACAAUCUUCUACAUUGUAGAAUGCCUCUACACCUGGAAUGCUUUUCCAACAGUCUUGAAGGAGUUCCCACAUAUGCUGGGCACUUGUUGGCUGCUGUUCCUUCACUCUGUGGUCCAACUCAUUCCAAAUGAUCUCAAUUGUUGUUGAGGUCGGGUGAUUGUGGAGGACAGGUCAUCUGAUGCAGCACUCCAUCACUCUCCUUCUUGGCCAAAUAGCCCUUACACAGCCUGGAGGUGUGUUGGGUCAUUGUCCAGUUGAAAAACAAAUGAUAGUCCCACUAAGUGCAAACCAGAUGGGAUGUUGUAUCGCUGCAGAAUGCUGUGGUUGCCAUGCUGGUUAAGUGUGCCUUGAAUUCUAAAUCAAUCUUUGAGUGUCACCAGCAAAGCACCCCCACACCUCCUCCUCCAUGUUUCACGGUGGGAAGCACACAUGCGGAGAUCAUCCGUUCACUUACUCUGCGUCUCACAAAGACACGGUGGUUGUAACCAAAAAUGUCAAAUAUGGACAGAUCUCCACUGGUCUAAUGUCCAUUGCUCGUGUUUCUUGGCCAAAGCAAGUCUCUUCUUCUUAUUGGAGUUCUUUAGUAGUAGUUUCUUUGCAGCAAUUCGACCAUGAAGGCCUGAUUUACGCAGUCUCCUCUGAACAGUUGAUGUUUAGAUGUUUCUGUUACUUGAACUCUGUGAAGCAUUUAUUUAGACUGCAAUUUCUUAGGCUGGUAACUCUAAAGAAAGUAUCCUCUGCAGCAGAGGUAACUCUGGGUCUUCCUUUCCUAUGGCGGUCCUCAUGAGAGCCAGUUUCAUCAUAGCCCUUGAUUGUUUUUACGACGGCACUUGAAAAAACUGCAUUGACUGACCUUCAUGUCUUAAAGUAAUGAUGUACUGUCGUUUCUCUUUGCUUAUUUGAGCUGGUCUUGCCAUAGUAUGGACUUGGUCUUUCACCAAAUAGGGCUAUCUUCUGUAUACUACCCCUACCUUGUCACAACACAACUGAUUGGCUCAAACGCAUGAAGAAGGAAAGAAAUUAUACAAGUUAACUUUUAACAAGGCACACCUGUUAAUUGAAAUACAUUCCAGGAGACCUCAUGAAGCUGGUUGAGAGAAUGCAGAGUGUGCAAAGCUGUCAUCAAGGCAAAGGAUGGCUACUAUGAAGAAUCUCAAUUUUUUAAAAACAUUUUCUUGGUUACUACAUGAUUCCAUAUAUGUUAUUUCAUAGUUUUGAUGUUCUCACUAAUUUUCUACAAUGUAUGAAAUAGUCAAAAUAAAGAAAAUCCCUGGAAUGAGUAGGUGUGUCCAAA